AAAUUUACUUAAAAACAACCUCAAAUUAAUAUUAUUCAAAAUAACUUCGAAAAACAUGAAAAAAAAACUUUUUUCUAUAAUUAUAAUAAGCGAAUUCAUUUUUGGCUUGUUCCACUUCAAUCAUGACUACGUGGAGUUGAAUACACUAUCUCAGUUCAGAAAAGAUAAGUAAUCUACUUGCUAUCUAAGUAACAGCUUAUCAUUAUCUGUGAUUCACACCAUCAUCCAAGCAGUUCUAUUUUGACGCACAAUCAUAAACGACUGUUCAAUUUUGGUGAGGUCUUGUAAGUCUCUUUAUCCAUUAUUUUUCUUGUAUCAAAAAAAAAAAAAAAAAUGCGAACAAAAAGUGUCAUCUACUAUCUAGCCAUUGGAAUCUUACUGAUGGGAAUUUUCGUAGGCGAAGUUGACGCAAGACGUAAAAUCCUGCGAGGAAGAAAAACAAUAACACGUCAAUAUUACCGAGGGCUUGGAAUUCCUGCCUGGGCAAUUAUUCUAAUAAGUGGUAUGGGAAUGCUGGCAAUUGGUGUUGGAUUUUAUGUGGCCUUGAAAAAGUUUAUUGUUGAUGGUCCUCGAGAAUCCGAAAAAAGUGCCUAUCAUCCAGCAAUGCAGAACGAUGUCUAA